AUGCUGCCCCUGCGCCCCGUGGUGAGAGGGGGAGACGCUGAUGAAGGAGCGUUUGGGUGUGCUAGAUGUUUGUUCACCAAAGGAUGGGUUGAGCUCCCCAAAGUGGAGAUACCGAGAUCCAAAGAGCUAACUUGGAGCACUAUUACCGUUUUUCUGGCUGUGUCCUAUGGUCCCAAAAGGACACCAUUACCAAAAGGUGGUCCGCAUGCUAACUGA